AUGGCCAGCAAUUCCUCGAAGCCGCAGGCUCCUACGCCGGCAAUAUGCCAAAACAACUUCGAGCAGGGCGUCGCGAUGGCGCUGCACUUGUGGCCGGCACUGACGCUAGCCGUGCAGAACCAAUGGGGCGGGCCCGACUCGUCGGACAAGCGCGACUGGUUUGCGGGGGCGAUCGUGGAGCUGUUUCCGGACCUGUCCAAGGCGCAGGCGCCGGCGCCGAACAACACGCCCAACGUCACCACAGCCACCGCCGCAUCCUCCACAACUGCCGCAGCAGUACCGGGGGCCGACGAAGAGCCGGACCAGGAGGAGGUCGAGACGGUGCUACUGCAGGUGAUGCUGGACGAGUUCGAGGUCAACGUGGACGACGAGUCGGCGUUCGAGGUGGCGGAGCAGGUGAUGCGGGUGCGGGCCGAGUGCGCGCGGGGCAAGUUCGACGAGGUGGAGGCGCUGCGGCGGCGCUGGGGUGGGGGUGGUGGUGGCAGCAGCAGUAACGGGGGCGACGGCAAGGCCAAGGUGGUUUUCAAGAAGGUGGCGGAUCAGGACGACGACACUGAUUGGGACACUGAUGAGGAUGACGACGACGACGGCGACGAUAGCGACGGGAACGAAGAUGUCGAGAUGGGCGAUGCGCCCGCGGCGGAACCGAGGAAAAAAGAGAGCCCUGAAGUGGACGAGGACGGCUUCACCAAGGUUUCGCGCAAGAAGAGAUAA